AUGGAUUGUUAUGGAAAUUAUCAAAACGAACCAUUGAAAAAGAUAAGGAAAUUGGAAAAUGUAAGUUAUUGGAACUGGAUUUCUGUGGAAAUCAAUCCUUUUCAGGCCAAACCAAUCGUUCUCAAUGUUGAAAAUGAGGCGCCAAUUAGUCCAAUGAGAAAAAAUGAUGAUGAUUUUGAAUAUGUCGGAGAAGAAAAAGAUGUUGAUGAAUGGAAAAGAAAAAAAGAUUGUGAAUGUGUUGUGAAUCGUAUGAUAGAUGAAGUAAUCAGAAAUGAAGAGAUGAGAAGAGAAAGAUAUAAAUGAAUGGUCAUGAUGGAGAACUCUCAGCUUGCAACGCCAAAAUCAAGCAAGAAGAUUAUCGCUGAACAAAGAAUGUUGAAGAUAAAAGAACGACUUGAUUUGAUUAGAAAUUCGAAUUAUGAACUCCAAAUUUGUUCGGUAAGGAAGAAUAAUUGGAAGAAAAAAUUUCAAUUAUUUUUUUUCAGAUCAACACAGAUGAAUUGAAAUUAUUGGAUGAACCGAAUGAAAAAAGAGUUGAAUAUUUUUCGAAACGUAUCAAAACAGAGAAUUUCUCCAAUGUUGCCGACCCAAUCAUUGUUAAAAAAGACGGGUUUGUUGAACUUUGUAUUUUCAUUCACGAAUCACAAUAUUUUUCAGUGAUCAAUAUUUAGUUAUAAGUGGAAAAAUCGAGCGAAAGCUUAUUGCAAUUGCGGCUCGAAAACAGUGAGUAUUUUCAAUGUCAAAAUUUUUCGAAAGUCCCAUUUUCAGAUAA